AUGGCUUCGAUAUCCCUUCCUCCACAGCCUCAAGCUAGUCCGGCAUUCUCUCCAUAUCUUCCCUCAGCUGAUCGGUCUCCUGAGGGUCACAGCCGCCACAAUCUGAGAAUGUCUGCUCCGCUUCCAAACCCACACUUCGUCUUUCCAGCCCGGGAUCCUAGCGAUGAGACACCCAAGUCAUCGGAGACGGGUGCGAGGACUGCUCUGCCGCUCCCAGCGUUCUCUUUCAAUCCGGGCGCUCAACAUUCGUCACAACCAUCGAUGCCCUCUCUUACCCCAAGUAGGCCAGCUGGACACCGCAGACGAUGCAGUGAGUUCGUUGGUGGAGAACAUCCGAUCAUUCCGGCUGGGUCCAUCGAGGCCACUCAAGGCAAGGAUGACAACUUAGCGCCAGCACCCGCCAAACUCCCCGCUCCAGGGCCCGGCUUCAGUGCGGGUAGUCAAGGAAAACGCCGUCAUGCCCAUCGCCGCUCGGCAGCUAUAUCCAGCGUGGAUCUCACGGCUAUCUCGAAUGCGCUAGACUUGAAACCACCCAUUGGAAGUGCUCCGUGCUUUCCGGCAGACACAACGCGCGAAGGCCAUGCUUCUAAUGAACCUCCCAGGCCAGUCUCUCAGUCUGCAAUUAUUCUGACCCGGCGAUCUCCUCCAGUGUCGCCUACCAUCGUGAUUGAGGAAGACCACUCAGAGCCUGCUGAACCUGGUACUCCUAGCUAUGUUCCCACGCCCGAACGCCACUCAGCCGAAAUCCUGUCGAAAGAAAUUGAGCCGGCGGCAACAUCAGGAUUUGGUGCUUCCGCUAGAAAUAGCGGCUAUACUUGCUUUUCUCCUGCAGUCGACAACACACAACCUAAGGCUGAGAAGUCAAGGCCAAGACCUCGAACUGCGGAUGCAUCCUUCAUGCUAGAUCCGAGCAAGACCGCCAACGUGGACGAUGCAUCGCCCAUGAAACGGCCAUUGUCUGCGGCAGGCCACUCGCGUAAUCGCAAAAGCUUGUCCUCGGGAAUUCUCGAGCAUCUUGCAGGCUCAUCGCGUCGUUCCUCUUCCUCUUCCAGUGGUUCAGAAAGCAGCUCGAAUACCUCGGUAAGCGAGACAAAUGAAUCGUCGGAAUCUCCGUCAGGCAAAAAGAAAUCGAAAGCCAAGAAAAGGCAGAAGAAAGUGCGGUCUUGGGCGGGCGCUCUUCUGACAAGAGGUAAAAAUAAGCGGCAUACCAAGAAGGACAUGCCGAUAUCAAAGUCUACUGCCUCUCCCCCUGCAUUAACCAGGACAAAUUCGGAUCUUGGUUCGGGCUUGGACGUCGAUUUCGAUGAUGACAACAUCGUCGUCUUGCGAACACCCACCAACCCGGCUACACCGGAGUCGAGUCACCUGCCUCCAGAGGAGGAGCUACAACCUAGCCUGGAUAACUCUUGGAAGCCAAGGAGCUUCUACGAACAGAAUACUCAGAAUGAUGCCUUUAGUCCAGUGAUAGAUCUUGAUGCAGCUCUGGGUCCAUUCAAUACCCCUGAUAUGCGGUCUAGUCGUGUUGCAGAGAGCGGCUUCUCGGCGGCAACGAAGCGGAUGUACAGUGGUGGACGACGGGGUGAAUUCAUAGGUCCGGAGAUGCGCUAUCAUCGCCGUGCAGAGAGCGCUCCGGAAAUGCCCCCCUUUGAUCGCAGCUUUCUCGGUGGCAACCGAUUUGUCACCACUUCAACCUUGGAGAACCCUGAUGUUCUGUACGAAGAAGAGGAGGAUGCUUUUCUUGCUGCCACCGGCGAUGCUCAACAGGAAUCUGUUGAGCAAUCAGGUCCGCAGGUGGCCACAUCCGACACGGCUGAUGCAGAUAGGCAAUCUGCGGAUAGCAAAGACAGCUCUGAUACCCUGACACACCAGCCGCUUGCUCAAGAAACUAACAAGGGCGAUUUACCUCACGCUGGUCUGGGUAUACAGAAGGACGAACCGAACGAUGCCACGGACAUUGCUGCUACCCGUCCGGAUCAGGAGGAGCAGAAGCUCACCGCCAAGCAGACCUCGCUCGCUCAAUUCCACAAUGCGGCUAACCCUUUCUCUGCUCAGCUGCAGAGUUCGACAGAGACGGACAGACAGGAAUGGCAACAUAAGCCUGUUCCACCGAGUCCUGACAUCUCGCCUCGAUUUAUGCCUGCUGACCGAACUACCACCCCACUGGAGCUGACCCCCAAUAUCCCUCCAUUGUCUCUCCAAGGCAACAACUCUCUUCCAAACUCUUCCUUCCCAUCUCCCGACUUUACGCUGUCUUCCGACGUUCCUCGCUCAGUCACGACUUCGUCCACGACCGACCGUAAUUUUUCGAACCCCUCAUACAAUCCCUCGGUGGAUCUUCCUCAGGGUUCAGUUGAGGAUGUGCCCUCACUGACCAGCAGUGCAUCAACGACGACAAACACCUUGAACCGGAUCUCCGGCACAUUCUUCACUCGCCCUCGCUUGUCCACUGAUCGUUCGGCGUCUUUUUCUGCCGCUGUGCGCCGUCGUACCAGCCAAGCCAACAGCUCUAAAAGAUCCAGUCUCGCCAGUCUCUCCAAGCUGGUUGUUGGGCCCCACGCAGAACGGAGCAAGCUUAGCUACGAAGAGAAGCCCCCGGAAGAUGAGCCUGAAAGAGCCAAGAAGAAAGGUCUUCGGAUCAGCCGUCUCAUGCACUUCUGGCGAACUAAAGAUAAGGACAAGUCCUGUCAUGAACAUGGUGUUCGGGAUCAGCGGCCCUCUUGA